CUUGCUCAAAACCGGGUUUCCGCAAAAAAAAUCCGCCUGGUAGCAUCCACCCACUUUGAGACUCGAAUUGAUCCCCGCGUUGGCACCAAUUAAUUCUAAUUUUGCCAAUUUUCACAUCAAUUGUUACUCAAAUUUCGGUGCAAACUUGCCAAAAUUAGUGCACACCCACACAUUGUGAGCCAGAGGCCUCAAAGUCAAAUCGCCACCACCAUCACGUUCUCUUCUGACUCAAUCUGACAAGAAGGAGCAGAGCAUACGGUGGACUGGCACCAGCAGGAGCACGUGUGUCGGCUUUUUUGGUUCCCAUAUUUUGCCAUAUUUCUCCAGAAAUACGUCACCACGCCCACUCAAUUCUCACCAGAGGGACUCCAGCCAGGUUGGAUAGCUCAGCAGGAUAGAAAACAAACAAGGACAAGGAAGUAUGGAGGAGGGUGGUGAUCAAGCCGGUCAAGAGGUCGAGCCUGCGGGGGACGAGGUCGAGGUGGCCAAUGGUGGAAAUGUGGACGAUGCUGCGCAGUCUUCGUCAUCGGAAAACAGCUUCAGCGAGCAGGAAUAUUCUUCGAGCGACAGUGGGAAGGGGGGCUCGUCCAGGUCGGGCGAAUCUAUCUCGGCGCCAGAGAGCGUGGAGAGCGGAGUGGCCGAGUUUGAGUGCCCCUUUUCGCCCUUCCCGUACGGACCUGCGGUGCCAUACACGGCCGAGUUGGCCAAGGUGUGCCCCAAGUACCCCAUGUUUUACGAAUUCGAUAUCCCCCCUUCUCUGGUGGGCAGGCUGAUUGGACGGUAUGGCACUUUCGUGAACAAGAUUAAAAGCUUGAGUGGGGCCAAUGUUCUCGUCAAGCGGCAUUCCAAGACCAAUUCUCUGAGGACUUGUGCUGUUGAGGGAUCGCAUGACGAGAUUAUGCAUGGACUUAAAAUGAUUAGGGAGAGAUUCCCAUUUAGAAAAUUUACAAGCAUUACAUUGGAACAAUCCAAUUUUGGUGACCCAGUUGUUCCAGUCUCAUUUAUUCCGGCACAUAAUAAGUUGACUUUGAUUGAGGGUGUUAUCAACGAUGUUGCCGUGAGUCAUGUUUCUGAUUUAAAGCGUAUCCCCGUCCAGCAUCCGACACACCCUACUUUUUCUGCUCUCCCAAGACUUCAAGAAGCUUUGAACAUGUAUUCUACCGAGGAUUUCGGGGCUCCGAAGCUGUUGCGGCCAUUUAAAGCCGGCCUCAUAUGCGUCGUACCUCUACAUGAUAAUUGGUAUCGAGCGGAGGUGCAUGCUGUAUAUGAAGAUCAGGAUGAAGCUUUGAUCCGCCUCGUGGAUAUCGGAGGGUUUUAUAAAGUGGGGAUUGACACGCUGCGACAAAUCCGCGUAGAUUUUGCUACAAUCCCUUUUCAGGCAACAGAUUGUCGACUCGCUAACGUUAUUCCAAUCAACGAGGAAGAAGGUUGGAGCGAAGAGGCUGUGACUUUCUUUAGAAUCAUAUCUGAAGGGUCUUCAUUGCAAUCUACCGUAGUCGGUCAUUCACACGUCGAUGAAAUUUCGCUCGUUCAUCUGUACAAAUUUGCUAAAGAUCAUACGCGCAUUUUCAUCAAUAAAGAGCUAGUUAAUCACAGAUAUGCUAAAUGGAUCGAAGAUGCUGAAAUCAAACCUCCACCAGUUAAAGAAUUGGAGGAGAUAAAUCCUUCAAAAGAAACUGACGACUCCGCAGCUAUGCCUCCAUCUGCUCUCCAAGAAUCAGAACAUAAUCUUGCAACAGUUAUCUUGGUUUAGGUGAAGUUGUUCAUUUAACAAUUUCAAAUUAGCAAUUUGACUCGCAUUAAUUGAUCGUAUCCAAACAAAUCAGGCUCCAUUUCAAGUGAAAAAAAUUAUUAGUACUCAUAUGUUAUUCGCAGAUUAGUAUUCAACAACAAAUCAGUCAAUAAUAUGUUUUUUAAUUUAUGUGGGAUAACGGAUAUCCCACUCGUCUCGUACGUAAUAAUUUUACAAAAUACAAUAUGCCAUUGUUCACUUUUACGUUUUCGCAAAUCUAAUUUUGAUAUUACAAAUUAAACGUUUUAAUCAAUCAUAUGAGAUUGAAAUUUUUAACUGAUAUCAACUCACUUGCAAGAUUAACUGAGAGACUGAAAGUUGCCUCUGCAAAUGAUAUAUUCUCCUCCACUGAAAUUGUGUAGUCGGGAAGUUUCCUAAACUUUUAAAAUUAAGUAAUAGCUAUAGUGUAUUUUUAAAAAAUGUCUGAAUGCCAUACUAUAUUAUAGACACUAAAUGCCUUCGUCUUUACGAAUCAAAUUCUUCCAACAAUGUGUCCAGAGUGAAACUUCUUCUAUGCAACAGAAUUAUUAUUAUUAGUAGUAGUAGUACUUACAAUUAGUUGUAAAAAUAUUUUUCAUGUGGAGAUACCCUUAUUAUCCCAACUGGUGAUUUAAGCGUGCUUUAUUUAUGACUUAAUGUACAUAGAGAAACGAGUAGUUUGUAAAAUUCUUUAUCAAAAACUUUAAAAAAAUUGUUACUGUAGAUUUUAGACUGGUAAAUUUUAGCAGUCGUAUAGAAUUAUUGAAACAGUUAACACUAUUUAGUAGUCGUAGUUAAUUAAUUAUUGUACGGAUGAUUCAAAUUUGUUAAUUUUUCUCAUAUUUUGUUAUUUGUUAUUUUAUAUCUCUAAAGUUUCUCAAAUUAUUCAAGUAUUUUUUUCAAUUUCAAUCAAUUAAGUUACGUCAUAGAAUCAAGUGGUAUUCUUCAAAAAGAUUCCGCUGGAUUCUAUUAGGUUAUUGAUGGCAGCUUAUUUCGGACUUCGGGGGUGGUGUGGACGAGGGGAAAAUGGCUGUCAUCAGAGGAAUCUGUCUUGUGAUUUAAACGCCGGAAACUUAACAAGCAACGUCUAGUUUUGUUGAAGGCUUAUACUGUUAUUCAUUUGUUAUUAUUAAUUAUUACUAUUAUUAGUUAUUUAAUAUGUUCGGUACUUGACGUUAAAUAAUAAAACUUAUGAAAAUUA